AAUCCCUCUGUGUUUUUGUUUCCGCGGCGGAAGCGGGAAGUAGGAAGAGCUGCACAGCUGUGCGCCGUGGCUAACAGAGACGAGCUAACACGCUAACCUCAGCGGUGGAAAUACCUGGAUCCGUGGACCAAACAAGACUCCUCGCCAGCGACGUUGAAACUUUGAAUCCGACAUGGGGAAGGGUGGUGGCACAUUUGAGAGGCUUCUCGAUAAAGCCACCAGUCAGCUUCUGCUGGAGACUGACUGGGAAUCCAUUCUGCAGAUUUGUGAUCUAAUUCGACAAGGAGACACACAAGCUAAAUAUGCUAUUGGAGCCAUUAAGAAGAAGCUGAAUGACAAAAAUCCACAUGUGGCCCUGUACGCACUGGAGGUCCUUGAGUCAGUAGUGAAGAACUGUGGCCAGACAGUCCAUGAUGAGGUGGCGAGUAAGCAAACCAUGGAGGAGCUGAAGGAUCUGCUCAAGAAACAGACAGAACCAAACGUCAGAAACAAGAUCCUGUACCUGAUCCAGGCCUGGGCUCAUGCCUUCCGCAACGAACCUAAAUACAAGGUGGUUCAAGACACUUAUCAGAUUAUGAAAGUGGAAGGUCAUGUGUUCCCCGAGUUUAAGGAGAGUGAUGCGAUGUUUGCAGCUGAGAGAGCCCCAGACUGGGUCGAUGCUGAGGAGUGCCACCGGUGCAGAGUCCAGUUUGGAGUUAUGACAAGAAAGCACCACUGUCGAGCCUGUGGCCAGAUUUUCUGUGGCAAGUGUUCGUCUAAGUACUCCACCAUUCCGAAGUUUGGCAUCGAGAAGGAAGUGCGUGUGUGUGAGCCCUGCUUUGAGCUGCUUAACAACCACCCCUCCCUCUCUCCUCCACUUAGGAAAGCUGAAGGGAAAGCCCCGUCCUCAGGCUCUGCUGAACUGCCUCCCGAGUACCUGACCAGCCCUCUGUCCCAACAGUCACAGAUGCCGCCCAAGAGAGAUGAGGCAGCACUGCAGGAGGAGGAAGAGCUGCAGCUGGCCAUUGCCCUUUCCCAAAGUGAGGCUGAGGAGAAGGAGCGGAUGAGGCAAAAGAACUCGUACUCAAUGUAUCCCAAAGCUGAUCCCACCCCUGUGACGUCCUCAGCACCACCAGUCAGCACCCUCUACACUUCCCCUGUGAACUCCUCUGCUCCAUCAGCUGAAGAUGUAGACCCUGAGCUGGCCCGUUACCUGAACAGAACAUACUGGGAGAAGAAACAGGAGGAGGCUCGCAAAAGUCCCACCCCCUCAGCCCCUGCCCCUGUGCCAUUGGCUGAGCCCCUUCCAUCAAUCAGUCAGCCUGUGGACAGCCAUGUCCCUGUCCAGCCAGUCAGAAUAGUGGAGCAGCAGUACCAGAAUGGGGAGUCGGAGGAGAACCACGAGCAGUUUCUGAAGGCUCUGCAGAAUGCCGUCACCACCUUCCUUAACCGCAUGAAGAGCAACCACAUGCGUGGGCGCAGCAUCACCAAUGACAGUGCUGUGCUCUCCCUCUUCCAAUCAAUCAACAACAUGCAUCCACAGCUGUUGGACAUCCUCAACCAGCUAGAUGAGAAACGAUUGUACUAUGAGGGGCUGCAGGACAAGUUGGCUCAGGUGCGUGAUGCACGGGCAGCUCUCAACGCCCUUCGUGACGAACACAGAGAGAAGCUGCGCCGUGCCGCAGAGGAAGCAGAGAGGCAGAGGCAGAUCCAGCUGGCACAAAAACUGGAGAUCAUGAGGCAGAAAAAACAGGAGUACCUGGAGAUGCAAAGACAGCUGGCCAUUCAGCGCCUCCAGGAGCAGGAGAAGGAGAGACAGAUGCGCUUGGAGCAGCAGAAGCACACAAUCCAGAUGAGAGCCCAGAUGCCCGCUUUCUCUCUGCCCUACGCCCAGAUGCAGUCUUUGCCCCCCAACGUGGCAGGAGGGGUGGUGUACCAGCCUGGUGCUCCACCCAGCUACCCGGGCACCUUCAGCCCUGCUGGUUCUGUGGAGGGUUCACCUAUGCAUAACAUCUACAUGAACCAGCCUGGGCAGACUGCACCAGCACAGUACCAGGCCAUGCCUGGCGCUGCCUCAGAUCCCAAUAUGGUUAAUGCCUACAUGUACCAAGCUGCAGGCACCAAUGGGCAACCUGCUCCACCUCCCGGCCAGGCGCCACCCGCUGCUAGUCCACCCUACUCCAACUAUCAGCCAACACCAACACAGGGCUACCAGAAUGUGGUCUCACAGGCCCAGAGUAUGCCUCCCAUGUCCCAGGCUGCCCCCGCUAACGGUAUGGGCUACAUGGGCUACCAGCCAUACAACAUGCAGAACAUGAUUUCAGCAUUGCCGGGACAGGACCCCAAUAUGCCCCCCCAACAGCCAUACAUGCCAGGACAGCAGCCCAUGUACCAGCAGGUGGCUCCCCCCGGUGGCCCGCAGCAGCAGCAGCAGGCACAGCAGCAGACCCCUCAGCCUGUGCCGGGCAGCGCGGAGGCGCAACUCAUCUCCUUCGACUGAAAGCCCACACGCCGCAGGGUCUGACACACUACGCCCUCUCCGCUCCAUCGGUCUCUCCCCUCCCUCUCUGGACUCUGAGGAUGCCCUCUGGAAACGCACACCUCCCACCUUCCACCUAGCUGUGAUGUUGUGGCAACGUGAAAUAUUGUGAUGAUGUUGCAGAACUGUUGCUCUCCUUGCCUCUCCCCACUGAAGUAUGGGAAUGUGAGGUGAAGCUGCAGGAGAGGGCACCAUAACCCAGACCCUUCCACCCUCUGUCUCCCUCUUUCCAUCUGAUAUGUAUGUAAUAUCAAAUGAAUAACUGAAGCUCAGAAAUAGUCAGUGGUAUUAAUGUUCAGAAUGAAUAAGAAAAUAUGAUAAUAAUUGAGGAGAGAGAAAAAAUAACCAUCCUUUGUCUCAUAUUUUUCUAAAGCAAAAUUUGCAUGUUAAAUUUUAAUUAUUUUCUGGAAUGGAAGUUAAUAAUUGCAGCCUAACCUACCAGUUUGAGGAGUGAUUGAGAGAGAUCUGUAUGUGCUGUUAUGAGAGAUUAUGGGUAUGUGGAUAUGAUGUCUUGGGAGAGAAAGCGCAGUUAAAGUCCUGAAAUACGUGGCACUAACUAACAUCUCCAUCAGGUUCACAACUUGACAUUCCAGUUGUAGUUCAGCUCCAUCCUUUCUCAUGCACACAGAUACACACAAACUAGGGUCAUCUUAUCUUGUUGUGGCAUCCAAUUGUUGUGCACUGCUUGGACUCUUUGAGUGUCUCAACGUAGUUUCUGAGGUGAUGAAACAGUUGGCAGGGAUUGUACAUUGUGGGAGGAAUAUUAGAAAAUUAGCUGGGUGGUUGUUUGAUCCUCACUACAUAUACUUUCAUAGAUUAAAUCAUAGAAAUCAAAUGAUUAGAGAUCAUAAAACCUAUAUAUUAAAGCAGUCGAGCAACUCUAAAGGUAUCCUGCAUCCCUUUUAUUUAAAUGACUUGUGUUUUUGAACAUUAAGUACCUUAAAUAACAUAGAGAAGCAGAGGAAGCCCCGACCUGUGUGCAUUUGGUUGUAUCUGUCACAGAUGAGGAUAUCUGCAUAGUAAGUACUCGUUGGCAUUCUUUUCUAAAGUUUACUUGGCUCUCCAGAAUUGUGGAAAUGCUUGCAGGGCAAACACGAUGUGCUGCAUGUAUGUAUCAGACCACCCAGUCAGUGAUUUCUGUAACCCUUCAGUUGUCAUCUGUGAACUUCUUUAUUCUGUCACAUUGAUCUGUCUGACUUUAAGCAAUUUUAAAAUUAUAUUUAAUAAAUAUCUGGUUCUUAUUGUC